GCAUCAGAGAUGGUAAAAUGGAUGGAGGACAUCAGGAUGGCUGUAGACCUGGCAGAGCAGAGUAACAGACCUACUGAUCUACUGAGCCAAUCAGACAGCAAGUCUCCAGAGGAGGGUGGCGGGGAGGCAGACCCAGAGGAGGAGCUGAGUGCGUCUCGUAGCUCAUUGGAGCGUCAGGCAGCACAGCGAGGAAACACUACGGUUCAUGUCUGCUGGCACCGCAACACCUCCGUGUCCAUGGUGGACUUUAGUGUGGCUGUGGAGAACCAGUUAUCAGGGAACCUGCUGAGGAAGUUUAAGAACAGUAAUGGAUGGCAGAAACUCUGGGUGGUCUUAACCAACUUCAGCCUGUUCUUCUACAAAUCACAUCAGGAUGACUACCCUCUGGCCAGCCUCCCGUUGCUAGGCUACUCGUUGACAGUUCCUGCGGAGACGGAGAACAUCCAGAAGGACUACGUUUUCAAGCUCCACUUCAAGUCUCAUGUGUACUACUUCAGGUCAGAGAGCCAGUACACCUUCCAGAGGUACGUUGUCUUGCUGACCGUCCUGUAGUGGUGUUGUCUUGCUGACCGUCCUGUAGUGGUGUUGUCUUGCUGACCGUCCUGUAGUGGUGUUGUCUUGCUGACCGUCCUGUAGUGGUGUUGUCUUGCUGACCGUCCUGUAGUGGUGUUGUCUUGCUGACCGUCCUGUAGUGGUGUUGUCUUGCUGACCGUCCUGUAGUGGUGUUGUCUUGCUGACCGUCCUGUAGU